GAAAAGCCGUAUUCCUGUCCUGAGUGCGGGAAAUGUUUUUCACGGAAGUCCGUUCUUUACACACAUCAGAGAUCUCAUCACACGGAGAAGCCAUAUUCCUGUCCUGAGUGCGGGAAAUGUUUUUCAGAGAAGUCCACUCUUUACACACAUCAGAGAUCUCACACGGGGGAGAAACCGUAUUCCUGUCCUGAGUGCCGGAAAUGUUUUUCACAGAAGUCCAUUCUUUACACCACCACCAGAGAUCUCACACAGGGAGAGAAGCCAUAUUCCUGUCCUGAGUGCGGGAAAUGUUUUUCAGACAAGUCCAAUCUUAUUGCACAUCAGAGAUGCCACACGGGGAGAAGCCGUAUUUCUAUCCUGAGUGUGUGUAAAAUGUUUCUCAGGAGAAGUACAGUCUUUCCAAACAUCAAAGGUAUCACACGGGAGAAGCUGCUUUCCUGUCCUGAGUGA